AUGGCACGUUUCUGCAACAAUAAUAUUGGGGCGACCGCUGCCCUCCUCCUGUCACUCUUCAUCUUGGCCGAAUCUCUGUCUACUGCGGCACCUACCCACAGCACCAACUCCGGCCGGAAGUGCGGUGGCGCCGCCGAAUGCACUGUUAGCGCCGCCGGAGGUGACGGUGGAGAAGAGUUUCUGAUGGAUUCCCAGACUGCUACCUGGCUUCUUAGUUCACUCCAAGACAACACUCAAAAGAUUUCCUACAAAGGCCUGCAGAGACCACCGGUGUGCGAUGCGAAGAGAUCUGGCAGCUGCCUGGCCGACAAGGUCAACGGUGGUAAUAAUAAGUGUGACUUUCACAACCGGUCUUGUGUUCGUUGA